AUGAGUCUGUCGCGAGGCACCAAAUGGGCGGUGAGCUUCACCAAGAGGAAGCAAACCAGAUUCAGCACAUUCCGAGGGUGGAAAAAAAAAGACAAAUAUGAUGACCUAGAAAAUAAACACCUUUACUGGUCCAUCAAUAACAUGAAGAAGGAAUUUCUGGAGGGAGAAUCGAAUGACAAUUUUGUUGACUCUAUCGAGAAGGACAAAAUGGAAGAGCAAAUUUCACACAUAGUAGGGAUUAACUCUUCCAUUCCAAAUAAUAAGACCAUAAAUGAAGGCAUGGAGAAAUGUUUGCCAAGGGCAGGAAACAAAGGAGAGUAUAUUCCACACGACAAGUUGGAGAGGAUAAGUCAGAUUUUUAAUCCAACAUUAAAAAUGUUUGUAGAUAAAGAGGAGGGGGACGGUGAUUUGUCGGUGAGAUCUCUUCUGUUGAGAGGCUCCAAAUGGGGGAAGCAACAUUCCAUCGGUUCGGAAUUUCUCACAAAUUCUCCCCCGGGGGGGGUCAUAAAAAGGGGAGAAGAAGGAGAACGUGAUAUGCCCUCAAAACCUGCACCUUGUAAGGAUGAGAAAGGGGCAAAAGUUGAGCACCCGGGGAGUGAUGCGGCGUACACACAUAGUAGCGACAACCUCGUGAGGGAAACUAAAAAAAGGGAAGUCACAAGUAGUGGGGCUGAAAUAAUCUCUGAUGAGUUCGAGCAAAAUUUGAGAAGCAUCAACUUGCAGGUUAAUAAACGUAACUGUGGAAGAGGGGGGAGAAAUAAACAAAAGGGUGAUGCAGCGGACAUAAGCAAGGAGACCAUCACUGAAGAGCAAUACAACUUCCCUUGCAAUGACCAAAAUAAGGAAGACUCCAUUUUCAACUAUGAAAGUCUGAAGGGGAAGGGACUAUACCAAGAUUUAACACAUGAUGAAUAUCAACGCAUGAAUGACUUGUACAUUAAAAAAUGCGACGUGGACAGAAAAAUUAGGUGGUUCAAAAUGAGUAGUAUUCUUAACCCCAUUAAAGAAGCAAAGAGUAUUGUUAAUGCACAACGGUUGAGUGAGGACGAAAAGGGAAAGAAAAGGAAGAAGAAUGUUCAGGGCGAGGACAGUAUAGAAGAGGAAGAGUCAAUUACCCAAGUGGGAAGCACAAAACGGAUGGAAGAAUUCCCCAUUGAAGAAGAUAUCAAACCGUAUUACCAAGAGGAAGGAAAUUUCUCUCACAAAAUAAAAAAAAUGUGUGAGCAAAACCAGUAUGAUGAAAUUGUGUCGAGAAUUCGCAUGAAAAUAAGAACAGAAAAAAUGGAAAAUUCAAAAAUAAUGAAGGAGAAAAUACAAAAUGUAGCUAGGCAUAUUUUAGACCCGAUAAAAUAUCAUGUGAAUAGAAGAAGAGUACGGACAGAAAAACUUUUACACAAUCAUUUGGAACAGUUACUAAAUUGUAACAAUGCGUAUUUCCGAUUUUAUUUAUUAAACGGUUUGUCCAUUUCCAUUCACCACUUGGACAUGAAAUCGACGAGAUCUUUAUGUAAAAUUGUAUAUACAUUAUUAAAUAAAAAUGUUCAUCAUGAUAUGAUAAAGGAUAAGUUGGACAAAGUUGCUUUUGUUUUGAGGAAGUUACUAGCGAGAAAACUUCAGCUGGGAUAUACUCCCCCCUUGAAAUUUGUUCCUUUACAAGACGAACACGAAAAAAAAAUGAAAAAUCUGCACUACUAUAAAUUGUACGCAAAAUAUAACUACCCCACUGUGGACACCUCGAAUGCACUCCAGAAGGGAGCGCAGCUCAUGGAUUUUUACAGCAAAGAUUUGGCCGGCUUUUGA